CACCUAGAAACGUUUGCAGUUUGCAAAGAUAUACAAACAUGAUUUCUGGGCCGCUGGAAUAUGCCUCUACUCAUCCAUUUCUAGGAGGUUUCGAAGUGAUUCCCGAGGAAGUCGGGCUGACUCAUGCGCCCUCUGGGGUCCAACUGGGCGGCUCGCAGCGGCUGGUGGACGCGGCGCUGGCCAGCUGGCGCAGUGGACCUGCCGCGGCGACUUCUGCCUCCCUCACCACCAGUGGUCUGAGCCUCAGCACCCGCUCAAGUGACGUCGACCUCAAAGAAUUCCUAGUUCACAGAGGACGGAAUCCACUGCAAGGCCUGCACAAGGCUGCAGCUCAAGGAGAUCACAUUGGCAUCAUGCGCAUCAUGAAGCAACUGGGGCCAGAUGCUCCAAUCAAUGAACUCGAUGUCAAUGGCUGCACUCCACUGAUGUAUGCCGUCAUGUCGGAGUCCCGACAGGCCAUUGAAAUGUUGCUCAACUUCAGCGCAAGGAGGGAGCAGGUUGAUUCUGAAGGAAGAACGGCCGUUCACUAUGCAGCUUUCUAUGGGAAACACAAGUCACUCAAAUUUCUAAUCGACACUGCUGCAGACUGGCUGUCAAGAGACUUGUAUGGCCGCACGCCACUCCACUGGGCUUGCUACAGUAAGAGCACAAGAUGUCUCACAGUUCUGCUAAAGCAUGCACAGACGGUGUAUGGAGACAUAAAUCCAAUAGAUGGAGAAGGAAUGACUCCUGUUCACUGUGCUACUCAGUUUGAGAGACCCAGACACAUACUCCUGCUGGCUGAAGCUGGGUGUGACUUCACCACGAUCGACAUUGAGCAGAAGACAGCUCUCCACUGGGCAGUGGGUAACAGAGACUCUGCGUGCAUCCAAGCUCUUCUGGAGACGUACCCACCAUUGCUCAAUCGCCAAGAUGUUAAUGGAAGUACUCUAUUGCACCUUGCGGCUUCCAGUGACUCGACACACAUUGUAGAAACACUGUUAAACGUGGCAGGAAUCGACAUUGAUAUGAAAGACAAUGCAGAGCGGACUCCCCUACACUGCUGUAGCAUUGCUGGACAUGCCGACACUGCACAACUUCUGCUCACAUUCGGAGCCCUCGAUGCUUGCUUUGAUUCCCAGGGGCUUACAGCACUGCAUUAUGCAGUACAGAGCAACACAACUGCACUGAUCAAAGCUUUUGUACCAGUGACAAACUUGUCUCAUCUCCCUGAUGCUAACGAAGGGAGGACCCCACUAAUGAAUGCUGCACAGAAUGGAUCACAUGCCAUGCUGAAGAUUUUGCUUCUGAACAGAGCAGUUAUGAAGACCAUAAACCACACAGACACUGAUGGAAGAACAGCACUUCACUUGGCCUGUGAUUGUGGAUCUGAGGAAUGCACAACUGCGCUUCUCUCAUACGGAGCAGAUCCAAACUUGCGAGAUAGUCUUCUACAAACACCUCUCAUGAUAGCCUCCACUGCCGGCCAUACAUCCUGCAUUCAUCCACUGAUAGCUGGAGGAGCGAAUCCACAGCUAGUGGACUCUGAGGGACACGCCCCUCUUAUGAAGGCAGUGCUCUAUGGCCAACCGAGUGCCGUGCAGUCUCUGAUACUGGCUGGAGUCAGUCUCGACACUCAAGACUCUGCUGGCAACACCCCACUACAGGUGGCAGCUUACGGUGGAGAUGAAACUGCUCUAACAAUGCUACUUGAAAGUGGAGCCAACCCAAACCUCCAGGAUGUGAAUGGGUUGAGCGCACUACACAUGUCGGCAGUCGAGGGACACGCCCACUGUGUGACGACUCUAGUCACACACGGAGCAGAUCUCAACACCUUUGACCUCUCUGAGGAGAGGCUGACACCCCUGGACUACGCAGUGAGAAAUGGGCACGGACAGUGUGCAGAGGAGCUGCAGGCACACGGUGCAGUGACUGUGUCCAUGAUCAGAGAAAUGGCAGCUACUUGCAUACAGAGUUUCUUCAGGGGAUUCAGGGCUCGAAGACUAAGGGAAACGUUGAGGAUCCAGAGCAGGGCCGUGACUGUCCUAGCAUCUCACGUGCGGACGUUUUUGCAGAAGAAACGAUUCGUGGAAAUGAAGAGGAGACAGUAUGCAGCCACCAAGAUUCAGGCUGUAUUCAGGGGCUACCAGCAGAGGGUAUUAUACAAGGUGAAACAGGCAGAGGCAUUGGAGAGAGAAAAAAAGCAGAAGCAAAUCGAGGACUUUGCACAACUAGUCCAGCGACACAAGGAUGCACUGGAACCCUUCCCACGAAAAAGCCCAGAGAGGAGAGUUCUUGAGGGAGAAGAGUUAGCCAAGGAGAGAAGGUCGCGAUUGGAGGCGGCGAUGAAGAUGAGAGAUAUCUACGAAGAGAAGCAGAGGUGGUGGGAGGCGUUUCGUGCCGCAGAGGGACAGAGGAGGGUGGACAAGGCCAGACGAGAAGAGUUGGAUCGACUGACAAAGAUCAUGGAGGAGAGCAGAGCCAGGAGGGAGUACACUCAGUCGAAGUUCCGCCAGACCCUCUCGGUCCGGUGUCACCACCACGCAGCCACCGUCAUACAACGAGCGUUCCGUGAUCCAGCCUCACUGUACAACCCCGGUUAUGUGGAAUAUCGACUGAGUCAAAAUUGCAACGUCUCACAAACAAACGACCUGUUUCCAGCACACGCUACUGCUCGAGGACUAACUGUUAUUCUCUAUCCCAUUGGACGAGACAAGAAGUAUAGUCUCUAUGUUUCCUGGACAACUACUACCACUGACUCAAAUACGCAAGGAUUCUACAUCUGGACCUACAAGUGCAGUGGCCAGUGCUGGUCUCAAAAUCGAACGACUUUUCCGUACUUUGAGAGAGAUCGUCACGAGUGCCAACUGAUAGAAGACCCGAAUGCCAGGAGUGUCCUGUACAACGGAGCAGCACACAGAUCAGGACUCCUCCAGUGUAAAGACGGAAAGGGAGACACCCGUGCAAAAUGCAAUUCUGAACACAUCAUGACCGUCAUGGUAAUGCCGUGGCCGCGUUCUUCAGCUGUAACGUUCUCUGGACUACUAGCUACCUCGAGUCUCACCUUUGCCUGGGACAACCUAUGGAUGGACUGCUGGCCUACACUCUACAGUGCAAGCUGCUCUUCUCCAGUUGUCGUCCGCCCCGUGGAAGAUUUCAAUGUCACUGCCACGCUCGGACCCAACGGGGGGAUGGAAAUUCACGUUACUUGGCCGUGUACCCCAGGGGACGUGGAGUACAUUGUGACUGUUAGUGAUCCUCGGGUCAGCCUUGCCCCAAACUGUACCACUCCCGGAUCAAACCCACCUUGUUUUGUCGCGAGAAACACGACACAAGUAACAAUAGAAGGACUGGAUACGAAUAGAGAGUACAGCAUAAGCGUUCAGGUUAUGCCCAGGUGCAAUGGGUCCAGUUUUGCCCGGCACUACAUUGGCUGCAGGUCAGAAGCAUGCUGUCAGUCAAAGAGAAUUGGCCCCACUGGCUCAGAAAACAGUUCUAGUAGGAGUGUUGGAUCAUCUGGUGUCAGUAUUGAAUCAUCCUGUGUCAGCGUGGAAUCAUCUAGUGUCAGUAUUGGAUCAUCCUGUGUCAGCGUGGAAUCAUCUAGUGUCAAAUCUGAGUCCAGUUCAACUAGUCACUUGCAGUCUCCAGUCAGAUCAUCUAGUACAGGGGUCAAAGCAUCUAAGGCCACAAUUCCUGUCGUAUCUAGCACAACCAUGGUACCGCCAUAUGAAAAACAGAGUGAAACAGUGGCACUGGCUGUGGUUCUGGUGGCUUUCUUCGUCGCCUCGGCCACGGUCAUCAUCUCCUACAUUGCCCGGAGAAGACUCAGAGCAGGAGCCAGUCUCACGUCCGGCUCCUCGCUCACAGAGAGCCUUGAAACCCUCGAGGGAGGAAGAGGAGGAGAAGGAGAGGGCAACGGGUACUGCCACCUUAUGACCAUGAACCAUAUAGAAGGAGGCACACCCAGUUAUUCCGUGACUACAAACGGAACGGGCAUCGGUGGAGCAGAAGAAAUGGUUUUGGAGUCAUCUGUAGGGAGUGCAUCGUCGCCCACCACCGUGGAGGUGCAGGGUCGAUAG